CAACCAUUGUUCGCUUCUUUUUUUCUUUCUUUUCUUUCUUAUUUUUACUUUUGGAAUAUGUUGUACAUAUACUUGUUUAUUUAUUUAAUUUACCUUUUUACGUCUUUCAAUGUUUGUAUAAAUGCUCUUCCUACUCCCUCAACCAAAGAUAUCGAUAUUAUCACUGAAAGAAGAAUUAACAAUAUCAUAACACAAUAUAAGCCUACCGAAGCAACAGUUGAUAAAUGGGCAAGUACACUUAAUAAUGUAACAGGAACAUGGUCAAAUAUAAACUAUUUAUCUGGCUGUGCAGCAAGACGCGCAAAUUGGCCAGCUACAAAUCAUUUAUUAAGAACGCUUCAGUUAGCAAUAGGCUACCGUGAUGAUACUUCCAACAAAGAACUGUUAUCAAAAACACUCUUGGCGCUUAACUAUUGGCUUGAUAAUGAUUUCACAGAAGAUGACUGUGUCGAUAAAGGCGGGAAAAAGGGAUCCAAAUGUCCUUGUGGCACACCUGGCCUGUGGAAUCCAAAUUGGUACGAUCAAGUCAUAUUAAUUCCAAGAUUCAUUGGCAGCAUCUCCUUAGUCAUUAAAGAUGAACUCAGUCCAGAACAAUUGGGUAUCUGCCACAGAAUUAUGUCACGGGCAUUCAAAAGAGCUACUAUGACCAAAUCUCCUCUUACAGGCGCCAAUUUGUUAGAUGUAUCAUCCAUUGGAAUUUCGCUAGGCCUAUUAAACAACGACGCUAAUACACUGCUGAAAGCUUUGGAUUUGUUUUAUAGCGGUGCAAAAAUAAGCCCCGUAGUUGCUGGUGAUGGUAUUCAAUCAGAUGGCUCCUUUAUGCAGCAUAAUGGAUUACUUUACAACGGAAACUAUGGAAAGGAUUACAUCAAUGAUCUACUGUCUGUUUUUAUAGAGACAAAGGGUACUGAUAUUAUUCCCUCGAUUGAUGUUCAGAAUGCCUUUGAGACUUUAAUAGAAGGCACAGAAUGGAUGAUCAUGGCAGACACAGACCUCCAUUCACUACUGUGGCAAUAUAGUGUCAUAGGUCGUAUGAUUACUUUCAAAUAUUCAGAUAAACAAGCAAGUGGUGGAGUUGCUAUUGAUAUUCCAACUAUAUCAGAAGGCACUGAGGGGUGGGCUUCAGAAAGGACAUUUGAUGAAAUUGAAGAUCGCCUAACUCAGCCAGCGUCAAGCGCAAACCAAGGCAAGCUCAUCGGUAGUCGUUAUUUCUACAAUGCUGACUACUUUGUACAUCGCAUGUCUGAUUACAUUGUUACUAUGAAAAUGUAUUCAACUCGCACGGUUAACUCUGAAUGCGUCAACUCUCAAAAUCCCUUUGGCUUUCAUUUAAGUGAUGGUGCUAUCUACAACUACUUGAGUGGUGAUGAAUAUAAGGACAUCUUUGCUGUAUGGAACUGGGAGCUUAUCCCUGGUAUAACUGUGGACAUGGGAGCAACACCAUUAAACUGCAAAAAAUCAAAGACAGUAGGCAAGAGAGACUUUGUGGGCGGAGCAACUGAUGGGGAUACAGGCAUUGUGGUCUUUGAUUAUCUGAAUCCAUUCAAUGGUCAUCUAUCUUUUAAGAAAACAGCAUUCUUUUUCCCUAAUGCGUACGCUAUUCAACUGGGCUCAGUAAGUUCUACUAAUACAACUGCUCCUCUUGUCACAGUCCUUGAUCAACGCCGUCGUGAUGGGGAUAUCUUCGUUAAUGGAAAGUUACGAAAUACCAAUACUUCGUAUACAGCACUACACACCAACAGUAUUUGGCACAAUGAUAUCGGAUAUUAUUUCCCAGAGCCAGAAUUGAUCCAAGUGGAUUCAAAGAUCAAGAAUGGUAACUGGUCAUCCAUUGGUAUUUCUAAAGGAAAAGAAGAAGAGCGUGUUUGGACAGCUUACGUCAAACAUGUGAAUAAUACAAACAAUGGUCUUCUUACACAGUAUAUCGUACAGCCUUCAAUUGACCAUGAUGUAUUUAAUCAAGGCAUCAAAGCGAACAAGAUACCAAUAACCUUGGACUAUCGUCAUGCAUCUCCUCAAGUAAAUGCCGCUUACAGUGAAGAAGACAAAGUGAUAGCUGUUGCCUUUUGGACGUCUGGAGAAUACAAGAUGCCUUGGAAAUCCAUUAUUGUUGAUACCGAUAGUCCAUGUGUACUAAUACUUCGAGAAAUCAAACACAGGAUGUAUCGUCUUACUGUUGCCGAUCCUUCUCAAAAGUUAUCAACCAUCAACCUGUCAGUUCGUCUUGGCGUCUUUGGUAAAAAGCAAUUAAAGAUUGAUUUGCUGAAUGGUGUAUUGGCAGGAAAGGCUAUUACUUAUACACUCAAGUUUUAAUAUGACAUAAUAAAAGACUGUAUAUCUAAUC